CGGUUCUCGAGAGUUGUCGUACAGAAGAGGAGUCUCCGCUAGAGGGGAGCGAGCGGUGGUGCAUGCCGCAAGAACCCACCUCAUUCUUCGAAGAAACAAUGUAGUGCUUGUCGAGCACAUAAGCCCGUCCCUCCCUCCCGCAUCCCCGGCCUCGCUCCCCUUGUUGUUGUUCUUCUUCUCUCUCCUUUUGUUCUUCCAAUUCUUCGCUGCCCUCUCCCGUUCAUCCUUCCACAUCCUCCAAGCUCAGUCUAGAUACAGCCUCGCUCGCAGAUGCUGAGCCCUGCAGCGCAAUUCUUCGCCACUUCUUCCUACCUCUACAACGGCGCAUACCACAGACCGACCGACACACAUAGACACACAGACACCUUCACACGGACAGACAGACCCGGAGAGUGAUCGACCGCUCGAGAGAAGUGAGUUUACGACAAAUUGAAAGACACGUAAAUAUGAAUAUGAGUAUGGAGGCGGCGAUGAAAAGAGAUGAGGAGAUGGGCAUGGGCACGGAAGAUCGGGGGAAAAUGUGGGCGAUAGACCAGCGAAUGGACCAGCCACUCGGACCCGAGUCCGGUCGGAUUCGGAUCAUGAAUGAUGGCAAAAAGGCAGUACCAUUGGCUGCGCUCCUACGCCUGGCAUUCCAAAGUUUGGGUAUCGUUUACGGUGAUUUGGGGACAUCACCGCUUUAUGUCUUCCGCAGCACGUUCCCGAGUGGGCUGAGGGAAGAGCAUGAACACGAAGUUUUAGGGGCACUCAGUCUCAUCAUUUUUACUCUCACUCUUAUACCUCUCAUCAAGUACAUGUUCAUUGUGCUGAGAGCCGAUGACAAUGGUGAAGGAGGCACAUUCGCUCUAUAUUCAUUACUGUGCCGAUACUGCAACAUCAGUUCCCUUCCUAGCCGUCAUCCAACGGACGAAGAGCUUACAACUUAUAUCAAAACACUACCACUGCCAAAUUCUCGUGCGGAGAGCAUGAAAACACGGCUGGAGAAGAGCUCGUUUCUUCAGUUCCUUCUUUUGAUGCUUGUUUUGCUAAGCACGUGUAUGGUUAUAGGAGACGGCAUCUUAACGCCGGCAAUAUCAGUUUUGUCAGCGGUCGAUGGAAUUAAGGUGGCAUCAUCUAAAUUGAAUCAAACUGUGGUGGUUUUAAUUUCUCUGGCCAUUUUAGUGCUGCUCUUCAGCAUGCAAAGAUUCGGGACGGGCCAGAUUGGGUUUCUUUUUGCUCCGAUCGUUAUGAUCUGGUUCUUGGCUAAUGGGUCUAUCGGCAUCUACAAUAUCUACCAGCAUCAUCAUUCUGUUUUCCAAGCUUUCUCACCUCAUUAUGGCAUCAGAUACCUAAUAAAGAAUAAGAAAGAAGCAUGGUCAUCACUUGGAGGAAUUGUAUUGUGCAUCACAGGGACGGAAGCCUUGUAUGCUGAUUUGGGACACUUUUCAGCACAAUCCAUUCAGAUCGCGUUUAGUGUUCUCGUUUUCCCCUGCUUGUUACUGUCUUAUUUGGGUCAAGCUGCGUACCUCAUGCAUCACCCCGAAGACGUGAAAGACACGUUUUACAAGUCGCUUCCACAUCCUCUGUACUGGCCGAUGUUUGUUUUGGCAACUAUAUCUGCAUCGAUUGCAAGUCAGGCCAUCAUUUCUGCUACAUUCUCGAUUGUGAAACAAUCCAUGGCUCUCGGAUGCUUCCCCCGAGUAAAGAUUGUGCACACGUCCCACAAAUUGAUGGGUCAAGUGUACAUUCCUGAGAUCAACUGGAUAGUCAUGAUUCUUUGUCUCAUAAUUACUGCUGGUUUCAAGGACACAGAGCAGAUCGGAAACGCUUAUGGCAUCGCCGUUGUAGGAGUGAUGCUAUCCACGACGGUCCUCAUGUUCCUGGUCAUGAUAAUGGUUUGGCACAAGAAUUUGUGGGUUGCUGCGUUAUUCCUAGGAGUUUUUGGUACGGUUGAGGCGGUUUACUAUUCUGCUGUGUUGUUCAAGGUUCAGCAAGGCGGUUGGGUGCCUCUGGCCAUAGCUGCGACGAUGCUCAUAGUGAUGUACGUGUGGCACUACGGGACGAUUAAGCGGUAUGAGUUCGAGAUACAGAACAAAGUGUCAGUGGGCUGGGUACUAGGGCUUGGCACAGGACUAGGUCUCGUCAGAGUGCCCGGAAUCGGGCUUGUAUACACAGAUUUGGCCCAUGGAGUUCCUCCCCUAUUCUCUCACUUCAUCACCAACCUGCCUGCCAUCCAUUCCACUUUGGUUUUCGUAUGCAUCAAGUACUUGCCAGUCAAUACUGUACCUAACGAGGAACGUUUCCACAUCAAGCGCAUCGGUCCUACCAGCUUUUCCAUGUUCCGAUGUGCUGCAAGGUACGGUUACCAGGAUCUACACAAGAAAGACGAUAAGUUUGAAGAGACUUUGAUUGAAAAGCUGACUCAUUAUAUAAAAUAUGAAGCCCUGGUAGCAUCCACUCAGACCAACUAUCCAGGAGACUGGACCUCGGUGUCCUCGUUAACCACAUCCAGUGCGCGCACGACAACAAUGGAGAGCGACCAUUCGCAACUUCCUGGAAGGACAGUUCACUUUCAGGAAGAAGACAGCCCUCCAGAUUCUCCUGAUGGCAUCAGUGCACCAAGGCAGAGAGGAGGUCGGCCUUUGCAUCCGGCAGUGAUUGAGUCAGAUGAUGAUAUUGGUGAGGAAAGCGUGAGCGAGUUGGAGACCUUCCUGAAGAACAAGGAGAUUGGGGUGGUGUACUUGCUAGGCAACACGAUGGUCAGGGCGCGGACGGGAUCUGGACUUCUGAAGAGGAUUGCCAUCAACUACAUCUAUGCAUUUUUGAGGAGAACUUGCAGAGAAAGCAAGGUGAUGUACAAUGUCCCACACGAGAGCUGCUUGCAGGUGGGUAUGGUUUACUAUGUGUGACGAAUCGUCGCGAUGAAUGCACCGACCUGGCCACAGAGAAAGAGAGGACUGUUUCUUCAGAUGCUAUUCAAGAGGAGAGAUCAGGUACCCCGCUAGGAGCAAGAAAGAAGGAGAGGGCUCUUUCUUGGGCCUGGGCACCAUUUUUGUGUACAGAUAUCACAGUGUAGGUUUGGAGAGCUGAAUGUAAUUGGACUGCGCACACGAACAUGUAUAUAGGUCUUAAACUCGUCAGUCAGCAGCAAGCAGCCAGUCAAGUGAAGUUAAGACGUCAGUCAGGCAGCCCAUGACUUGGAGCAGCAAGCACAGCUAUGUGGGAAACGGCCAUUCAUGAGGGCUGAUUUGCGCUGCAACACCCACUCCAGCUCGUGAGGCAAAUUUAUCACCCAGCCACCCGCGAAGUCAUAACUUCUCAACAGGAGCAAGGUCCACUCGUGGUGUCUUCGGGCUAGUCUCGUGUCUACUAAGGUUUGCUCCCUGUUAUCACCGCACAGGCGAAGGAUGGGGCAGACUUCAUGUUGUAGACUUGCAAUUCAAGCAAAGGAAGAAGCAAGCACUAGAUUCAUUGUGUCAUAUACAUCAGGUUGCCACAGCGACCUUCACUCGAGGCAUCUUUUAUGUCAAUGCCUUUGUACAUCCAUUUUAAUCAUUCUGAAAAAAACCUUUUAACCUUCACGUCUGUGAUGGAGUUUUCCAG